UCCAUGUCACGCAGAUGUUGCGUGGGUGAUUGCCAGGAAGUCGCCUGACAGGUCACACCGCCAGCACAGCUGUCAUGACUGAAACUAGACCGGCGAAAUCUAAUAUUAACUCGGCCGAAUCGAACUUCGAGGUCGUUUAAGGGACUGCAUGCUGAGCGACACACAGAGAGAGAGGAGGACCUUCACCAUCACGCUUGUGUCUGCUCGGGGACAGCUGGUCCGAGGAUGAACUCUGAAACAGAGCCGGAGGAAACCAGCACGCCGCCGGCCAGUGGCAGGAUCCUUGCGUUGACAGUGUGUUCUGCGGCCAUUGGAGGCACCUUCCAGUAUGGCUACAACAUCUCCAUCAUCAACGCUCCUACUGCCUACGUCCAGGGCUUCAUCAACGACACCUACGUGGGCCGUUGGGGCAGUGGCUUGGACACCUCUCGGGUGACCCUCGUGUGGACUCUGAUCGUGUCCGCCUUCUCUCUGGGUGGUUGGCUGGGUGCGCUGCUAGCGGGGCCCAUGGCAGUCCACUUUGGCAGGAAGAAGUCGCUGCUCCUGAACAAUCUCUCCCUGUUUGCUGGCACUGUGCUGGUGCUGACGUGCAGGGUGGCAAAGUCCUUCGAGAUGGUCGUCCUCGCUCGAUUUCUGGUGGGGAUCAACUCGGGCGUGAGCAUGAACAUCCAGCCUAUGUAUUUUGGCGAGAGCGCCCCCAAACACCUCAGAGGCGCCGUGGCUUUUUCCUCCGCCGUUUUCACCGCAUUUGGGAUCUUCUCGGGCCAGGUUGUGGGACUCACCGAGCUGCUGGGCACGGAGCCUCUUUGGCCCUACCUGCUCGCAAGUAACGCUCUGCCUGGGUUGAUCCAGCUGCUCACCCUGCCCUGGUUUCCGGAAAGCCCCAGAUACCUGCUGAUUGACCGAGGGGACAGAGAGGCGUGUCUCCAGGCUCUCGGAAGACUCCGCGGUGGGGAGGCUCCUGUCCUGGAGAUGGAGGAGCUGCUUCAGGAGCAGCAGCAGCAUCAGCAACAGUCAACGGCCUUAAAAUCCGGAUCGCCCGCUUCUGCCAAGACGCCCUGGGCCCUGUUCAAGGACCGUGGCCUGCGGCGCCAGCUCAGGACAGUCAUGGCCGCCAGUAGUGCCAUGAUGCUCUGCGGCAAUGACUCCAUCUACUUCUACGCCUCCUACAUCUUUCUCGCAGCGGGUGUCCCUUCAGAGAAGGUCCAGUAUAUCACCAUUGGCACAGGGGCGUCUGAGCUAACUGCUUCUAUACUGAGUAACCUUCUGAUUGAACGCGUGGGCCGCAGGUACCUUCUUGUUGGAGGGUACGGUCUAAUGUCUUGCUGGAGUGUAGUCUUCACUGUGGCUCUCACCCUGCAGGGCCGCGGGGUGGCCGGGAUGCCCUACCUCAGCAUGGCUUGUGUUUUUGCCUACAUCCUCAGCUUCGGCUUAGGCCCCGCAGGGGUGACGGGGAUCCUACCAGCUGAGAUCUUCGACCAGGCGGCUCGUCCGGCAGCGUACAUGGUCGCUGGCUCAUUUAUGUGGAUCAGCCUGUUCUUGGUGGGAAUGCUGUUCCCCUUCAUCGUCAGCGGCCUGGGGAACUUCUGCUUCCUGCCUUUCCUGGUCGUGUGUUUGGUGUCCGCUGUGUUUUUGGGGCUCACCUUACCAGAGACUAAAGGCAAGACGCUAGCUGAGAUUACUGCAGCGUUUGAGGGGAAAAACGAAACCAGCAGAGGGAAGUCAAAGAGGCAGGUGGACGAGCCCAUUGUGAAUCACUACCAGCUGGGUACAGCCUGCUCCUUCACUAACCUCACGCAAGAGCCCGACCUGAACAAAACGAAUGGGGACAUAAGUUUGACAUGUUCCACUGAGAAUGAGAUGAAUCACACUGAGCCUUCAUAGUCACUUGAUGCACUUUCAGAGUCGGAUAAUUUACUAUGGGUCCUAUUUAUUUAUUUAAAGAUGAUCUCUAUCUUAUAGCUGAUCGUUUAAUUUGAGUAUGGUUUCGUUAGCCGAGGCCUGCUGCGAGUACACACAACACAAACAAAAAGGCAAAAGCGCCGCUAAUACACACCAAACAACCAAAUGCUGCGAGUCGCACAUACGGCAACAGCAGUGUUUCCAGGGUACACAGAGAAGUGAUGAGCCCCCGGCUGUGAAGAGCUUGUUGUGCUCAUUUUUCAAACACCACUGAGGAGUAGCUGAUUUCAAUAUCUACAAAGCAGUUCACAUCGAGUGUCGCACAACCGGGUUCAUCACUUGUUUUUGUGUCCUCUGGAAUCGUUCCCAUCUGUGCUACUUGCAGCACGACUUGUAUUUGGUUGUGUGUAUUUGUAUCUCAUGCGUUGUCCCAUUUUGCUUGUGUUGUGUCCAUUUGCAUGUGUUUCCUUGCGUCGCUGUGCGAUGAGUUCUCUCUGCCAUAAAGAAUCAAUCAGGUGUCCUUUCUUUCUGUCAUGAUUCUAGUUUAUGUUUUCCCUCAUUUACAUGACUAUAGUUUUUGAAUCACUGUACUUUCAUUUGAAGCCAGUAUAAAGAAAGAAGGAAAUUCACCUGGCAGCAUGCAAAGAAACGGAGUGAACUGUUUGCAAACAGAUGCAUGUGCUUUAUUUAUUGUCCUGUGCCCUUGAACUAAGUAAUUGUCUUGACUUGUAAUGUGUUUCUGAUGUCGAGGAAGCAGUCAAGACAAUACUAUAUCUCAAAUGUAGCAUCAUAACCAACAUUCAUACCACAGAUAUCUCAAGCUCUGAUAGGGGGAUUUGCAGUCGAGUGGGAAGUCGUUUAAAUCACAUGUAUUAAUGGCUUACAGCACUGCACUUAUAACGUUGCUUGUUUGUUGUGCAAUCUGAUUAUAUUCUCUGUUUUGUCGACAUGUCUGUCCAGCACAGGGAUCCACGCCCACUGUGCAUUUUUGAUUGCAGUGGAAAUAUUCACACCACACUGUGGCAGCUUUAAUGUGAGGACAUCAAUCAUCUACCAUUUGUGCUGUUUUUGUAAUUCAUGCGUCAACUGUGCUGUGUAUUUGAACUAUAUUAGUUAUACUCGCAUUUAUUUGCAUCACAUCCAUCAUGACAUUUAUUUAUUUACUGAAGUGACAUCCCCCCGAAAAAACUAUGACGCUACUAACAGCAUGCACAACAACAACAACAACAACAACAACAACAACAACAGCUUCACCACAGUUUGAAAACCUUUUCUUUGAACUCAAGUUAUGAACGUAGUCCUCAUAAUCGUCCAGUAGGUGUCAGUAUUGUGACAGCUCUUGACUUGCUCUCCUUUGCACUCAAAUCUAAAGCUGUAUGAUGUCAAAAUGAAUCACAGAUGUUAGCACGCAGGCGAAAAUGACACUUUUGAAUUCAACAGCUGUCGGCUCACAACCCCUCCCAGCCUUCUGUUGACCAUCUGUCUUAGCGUCUGUAUGUCCCCUUUAUCAAAUCGACCAUGUCACUUAGUCAAAUCUUAGAAUCGCAGAUAUUUAUUGUUUGACAGCUUCUAGAUGAAGAUAACAUAAAAUGCAAAUAUGCCAAAUAUUUAUGUAUAUUACAAGUAAUACAAAUCACCUUUUUAUUAUGGGAAAAUUCUCCUUACCUGCUAGAUGUCUUUUUUUUUUUACACUGCUGAAGCAUUAAGUGAAUGGCAAUGUAUUAAUUGAAUGACACUGUAGUCUAUCCAAAGCAUGUCAUGACUGUAAGGAUUUGAUCAAGAUCACACUGUGUAAUGGCUGUAUUAUGUUGUUGAAAAAUGUAUUGUUCUAUGACUGAAUUCUAUUUAUUCAAUGCAAAAAACCCUUUUGGGGGUACAAUAAUAAAACAUGCCCGACUGUUUUUUUAAUUACA